CAGAUGCUUCGUCCGCGUCCUCUACCGGCCACCGGUGUUUUCUACCUUGCUCACGUGCUCCCAACGCCGUGCUUUUUCCGUCCGGAUCUUUGCUUUAGAUGAAUGAUAUAGAUAGCCGAGACCAGGCAGGGGAGGCUGGAAUCACGUCUUGUGUCUGGUUUUCUCCGAUCUCUCUAUCCAUGAGUUUUGGUCGAGGAUCUCGCGUACGUUCUCGCCUCCAUGGUGGGCGUAGAUGGGAUUCGUCCACGUCCUGCUGAGGUUCUUCAAAGCCCGGUUUUACAUGUGGUUCUCUACCUCCUUUACGUGCAUGUGCCAUACUUUUGUCGUAGCCUUGGAUGGAUCAUGAUCGCCAACUGACCGGCCAGUGCUAGGAUCGUGUUUAUAUCGUGUUUUUUUUUCUUUUGGCUUGGUCUUGCUUUGCUGGCCGCCUACUCAUAGGUUCCGAUCACUCUCUGUACUUGCAUCUAUAAAUGGUGGCAUCGCUGUUUGUGUUUGUGUAUUUUGUUUGGUUUGAAUCCGGGUGACCGUGCUUCUGCGGCUUGAUUUAUAAAUGGUGGCAUCGCUGUUUGUGUUUGUGUAUUUUGAAACCAGAUGAACUUGCUUAUAUGUCCAAUUCAUGGUUACAUCUUGUUGUAUUUGCAUAGAUCCAUGUUUCCGCAUCUAGACUUUUGAUUAGGAUGCUUCUCUGAAGGUCUAUUUCAUGGUUUUGUUGCGCAAGAGUUUCGACCUUGGUGGUGGAUAUGUGGUCUGCCCUUGGUGGAUAUGUAGAUUGCACCGCCGAGAUCGGUAGAUCUGGCUCUGUUAUGUGGAGUUGUGUGCUCAAUUGCCCAUAGGUUGCAUCGGCGCCUCUCCCCAUUUUUGUCCAUCUGCUCUUGGUUGCUCUAUUUCUUCUGAUCGCUUUGUGUACUUGGCAUUUCAUCACCCCUUCAGGUUUGAAUCCGGCUUAUUGUGAUUCUAUUUUCGAUUUACACAUGAUGACGUCUCGUCACCUAUUUGGUUUGAGUCUGGGUGAAGCUUCUACGCUCGAUUUAUGGAGUCUUGGUUUCUGUGGUGGUGAAUCGUGAUCUGGCAUUGGUGGAGAUCUGUAGAUUCAACUGGCCAGGGGAAUUAUGUCGAACUCUCCAUAUUCUGCGGGUACUGCAGGAACAAAGAGGCGCCAAGCAAAGCCUAAAAGCGACAAUGAGGAUAUAAUUGAGGAGAGCAAUGUUACCACCAACAUUGGUCACAAUGCCAUUGGCUGCAAAAGAACAAAGAGAGAAGUUGCCCGUUCAAAUUUCAAUGAGAAGUCAUUUGACUUAUUUGAAGAAGAUUCACUUGUCACAACCAAGGAAAUCAGAACUGAGGAGGAAGCAGAGGCAGUUAGGUUGACAAGAACAGGACCUGAAGAUGGGAAAUGCUGCAGAAAACUCAUCGAUUUCAUCCUGCAUGGUAAAGAUGAUAAUCUGCAACCAUUUGAAAUGUCUCAGAGUGAUGGUGUCUCCAUGACAGCUCUUAUCAUGCCAUUUGAUGCUCAUAUCGAAAAGGACAGGAAAAAGGGAAUACGAUGUGUCAAAUUUGGGCGUAUCAAGGGAUGGGCAAUUUCCGGCUAUAAGGAAGGCGCCGUGGUAAUUUCGCUCUCAACAGAACUAGCUGACUAUAUAUGUGUGAAGGCCACAAGAAGCUACAGGUCUCAUUUUGACCUUUUCAGCCAGAAAGCUCAUGUUUGUGUUGAAGUUUAUAGGGAGCUAGCUAGAUCGGUUGGCAGAAACCCUUUGCUGAGCCUAGAAGAGCUGCUUGCCGGUGUUGUCCGUUCCAUUAAUUUGAGCAGUUGCUUCAAUGGAAGAGUGAGAAAGGACUUUGUGAUAUCCAUCGGUGAGUUCGUACAUAACCAGCUCACUGCACUGGAUCAUGCAGCAAACAACGAUGAUGAGAUGUUGUUGACGCUGCCUGCUCUUGUGGCACUAAGAAAUGAGUGUAAAUCUAACGUGGGAUUCGGCAAGCUGGCAGCUUUGGCCUCACAUGAAACUUUGAUGAUCAAGGAUGGGCGGUGCAAGGAGGUGCAGGUGACCGAGAACGAGGAUGAAGAAGAGAAACUAGCAAGGUUGUUGCAAGAAGUGGAAGAGUGGAAAAUGAAGAAGCCGAGAGCCAAGAGUGGAAGUUCACAGAAAAUUAAAAAUGCCUACAUCAAGAUCAGUGAAGCUGAGAUUGCCAAUGACUACCCACUGCCAGCAUACUAUACACCAUGCGAUACAGAAAAGGAUGAGUACAUGUUUGACAGUGAAGAUGGCAUGCUGCCAGUAAGAAUACUCAACAAUUGGGCUCUAUAUAAUUCAGAUUUCAAAUUCAUGUCUUUGGAGCUCAUCCCUAUGGAACCAGGUGCUAAAAAUGAUACUGUUAUCUUUGGGUCUGGUUGUAUGAGAGACGAUGAUGGUACUUUCUGUUCAGCAGCUGAGCCAGCAGAGUUAUCUUCUUCCUCGAGUAAAUCUGACCAGGAAGAUCAAGGGAUUCCGGUUUAUCUAAGUCCAAUCAAGGAAUGGCUUCUAGAAUCUGGUGGCUCGAUGAUCUGCAUAUCUAUUCGAACCGACAUAGCUUGCUACAAGUUACUCCAGCCAACGAAGCAGUAUGCGCCAUGGUGUGCCACUGUCCUUAAAACAGCAAGAUUGACUGUUAGUAUCAUCGCCAUUUUAAAAGAACAAACUCGCGCUUCAAAACUUUCUUUCGCUGAUGUUACCAAGAGAGUAGCAGAAUUUGAGAGUGGGCAUCAUGCAUUCAUUUCAACAGAUGCAACACUUGUUGAAAGAUAUGUUGUGGUUCAUGGACAGAUAGUCCUUCAACAGUUCGCAAAUUAUACAGAUGAGUCCAUUCGACGGUGCGCCUUUGUCACAGGCCUUAUCAAGAAGAUGAAAGAAAGAGGGCAGACGAAGCUAGCAACGAAGAAGAAAUCUCAAGUGGCGAGAGGAGAGAAUCUGAACCCAAGUGCAAAAAUGGCCCGAAUAUCAAAACAAAAUCUUAUGCGUGCGACAACCACAAAGUUGGUCAGCAGGAUAUGGGAUGAUUACUAUGCAACCCAUUUCCCAGAGGAUUCAAAGGAGGGGGGUGAGAAUGAUGAGCAAAAGGUAUUUGAGGAGGAACAAGAAGAAGAUGAAGAAGAUGAUGUUGAGGGGGAGGUUGAAGUUGGCGAGGAACAUGUUUCGAGGACCUCGCCAUCAACAAAGUCUAGAAAUACAUCAUCAGAUGCUUGUGAAGAAAUAGAAUGGAAAGGUCAAACAGUUGGGAAAACACCAUCUGGAGAAGCUCUGUACAGAAGUGUGAGAUUUGGAGAUCUCAGUGUUGCUGUUGGUGGGGCACUCACAUUGGAAGGUCAUUCAGGAGAAGCCACCAUGUGUUUUGUUGAGUACAUGUAUGAGACACAUGAUGGCACACAGAUGAUCCAUGGUAGAGUUAUGCAAAAUGGUUCAGACACUGUCCUCGGCAAAGAGUCCAAAGUAGGUGACAUGAGAGAAUCAUUGACUGUCAAUGUCCAGCAGAUUCCCUGGGGCCACAAGUGCAGAAAAGAGCAGUUGGAAGCUAUUAGGGUGGAUAGGGCCAGGGCAGAGGAGAGGAAGAAGAAGGGUUUGCCAUUGGAGUACAUCUGCAAAAGCAUGUACUGUCCUGAAAAAGGUGCCUUUUUCUCCCUCCCUUGUGAGAAAAUGGGCGCCGGAACCGGCACUUGCAGUUCUUGUGAGGAGCGACAAGCGGUCCGUGAUGAGUUCAAAAUACUGUCAGAGACCAGCUUUGUCCUCAAGAAUGUCAAAUACAAUGUUCACGACUUCCUGUAUAUCAGGCCUCAGUUUUUCUCUCCCGUCGAGGGUCGUGGGACCUACAGGGCUAGAAGAAAUGUGGGCCUGAAGCCCUAUGUGGUAUGUCGUUUGCAGAGUGUCAAUGCUGCUGCUGGAUCUCAUAAAGCUAAUCUGAAAUCAACAAAAGUCAGUGUAAGAAGGCUAUACAGGCCCAAUGAUAUUUCAUCAGAUAAAGCUUACUCUUCAGAUAUCAGAGAGGUGUACUACAGUGAAGAUAUAGUUAGUGUGCCUGUUGGGAUGAUAGAGGGAAAAUGUGAGGUUACAGCAAAGGAUGACCUUCCAAAUUCAAAUCCUCCAGUAGUAGUUGAGCACGCCUUUUACUGUGAACAUUUAUAUGAUCCUGGAACUGGAGCUCUCAAGCAGCUACCGACCAAUGUUAAGCUCGCCCUGGCAAGGAAGGCUCCUGCUUCGAGAAAGAAUAAAGGGAAGCAGAUUUGUGACGAUGAGCAAGCCGGUUCGGAUAAACACAAGGAUGAAACACCAGAGAACUGUCUUGCAACCCUUGAUAUUUUUGCUGGCUGUGGAGGUUUGUCUGAAGGGUUGCAGCUAUCUGGCGCUUCACGUACAAAAUGGGCGAUCGAAUAUGAAGAACCUGCUGGGCAAGCAUUUCUUCAAAAUCAUCCUGAAGCAGCAGUGUUUGUGGAGAACUGCAAUGUGAUUCUGAAAGCGAUAAUGGAUAAGUGUGGCGAUGUUGAUGACUGUGUCUCCACUCCCGAGGCUUCUGCGGGAGCAGCAAAACUUUCAGAUGAGAAGGUUAAGAAUCUCCCUGUGCCCGGUGAAGUAGAAUUCAUCAAUGGUGGCCCUCCAUGCCAGGGGUUCUCCUGGAUGAACAGAUUCAAGCAGAGCCCAUGGAGCAAGGUUCAGUGCGAGAUGAUUCCGGCAUUCUUGUCCUUCGCAGAGUAUUUCCGGCCUAGGUUCUUCCUUUUGGAAAACGUCAGGAACUUUGUUUCGUUUAACAAGGGCCGGACCUUCAGACUGACACUAGCAUCACUCCUGGAGAUGGGGUACCAGGUUCGAUUCGGCAUUCUAGAGGCAGGUGCUUAUGGCGUCGCGCAGCCCAGGAAAAGGGCGUUCAUCUGGGCCGCCGCGCAUGGGGAGACUCUUCCUGACUGGCCUGAACCAAUGCAUGUCUUCGCUAGCCCUGAGCUGAAAAUAAACCUGUCAGGAGGUAAAUACUAUGCUGCUGCCAGGAGCACAGCUGGAGGAGCUCCUUUCCGCUCUAUAACAGUCAGGGAUACAAUCGGCGAUCUACCACCGGUGGAGAAUGGCGCCAGCAACCCAACAAUAAAGUACGGAGGCGAGCCCAUCUCCUGGUUCCAGAAGAAGAUUCGAGGCGAUACGCUUUCGCUGAGUGACCACAUAUCCAAAAAGAUGAACGAGCUGAAUCUCAUAAGGUGCAAGCACAUCCCAAAACGCCCUGGCUGUGACUGGCAUGACCUGCCAGAUGAGAAGGUGAAGCUAUCCAGAGGGAGGAAAACGGUGGAUUUGAUCCCUAGGUGCUUGCCCAACACAGCCAAGACGAACAAUCAGUGGAAAGGCCUGUGUGGGAGGCUGGACUGGGAGGGCAACUUCCCCACAUCAGUGACAGAUCCCCAGCCAAUGGGCAGGGUCGGCAUGUGCUUCCACCCUGAUCAGGACAGGAUCAUCACUGUUCGUGAAUGUGCGCGAUCCCAGGGCUUCCCUGAUGGCUACCGUUUCGCUGGCAACAUCCGGAGCAAGCACAGGCAGAUCGGGAAUGCGGUACCACCUCCCCUUGCAUACGCGCUAGGGAGGAAGCUCAAGCAAGCCAUCGAUGCCAAGCCGCUUAAGUUAACUGAUGAAGACAUGGUCCAAGUGGGACUUAAUUUAUCGCUGGGCCCUAUAUAAAUUCUGGGAACAGUUGACUCUGAAGUUAUUACAGGCUGGUCACAUGAAUCUUUAUGUGCAUCUGUUGUAAGGAGGAUUAAAAUCAUCAGGAUGUUGGUGGAGGGAACAUGCUCUUAGUAGUGGGGGCAUAAUCUUUAGUAAACAGAGGGAACAUACUCUUGGAAUUGGGGGCAUAAUCUUAGUAAACAGCAACUGUAAAACAAUACCAAGAGGGUUAUAUGAUUGAAUAAAUGAAUGCAGUUUUCUGUUCUU